UAAAAUGUCUGUUACUGAAGUUUUUCAAUGUUCGUCAACACAGACAUUUAAUUUGAAAGUAUACACUGACACACGUGGUGACGUCACCUCCCAGCGUUGCUAGGCGACCUAAUUAAAUAAUGACUGAGAUCCUGUUAAUAAGGUUCAGAGAGAGACAGAGCAGUCAUGAGCUCCAGCAGCCAGCAGGAGAUGCAGCAGGAGGAGGUUACUCCCCACGAGAGCCAGCAGGGGGAGCCACAGAGGGAGGAGCUCCACAAGGAAGAUCUCCAGCAGGAGGCGGUCCAGCAGGAGGCGGUCCAGCAGGAGGCGGUGGAUCAAGAGGAGGACUUUCAGGAGGAACCUCAGCAGGAGAAGCCUUUUGAGGAAGAUGUCCAGAAGGUGGUGCUCCACAAGGAGGAGGUGAACCAGCACCAGCAGGAGGAGUUAGACGAUAAAGAGGAGGACACAGAUGAGGCAGAGCAUCAGAAGGAGGAGCUGGAGGAGGAGGAGGAGGAGCUGCAGGAGGAGGAGGAGGAGCUGCAGGAGGAGCAGCUGCAGGAGGAGGAGCAGCUGCAGGAGGAGAAGCUGCAGAAGAAGGAGCUGCAGGAGGAGGAGCUGCAGGCUGCAGCCAGCAUCAUCCAGCAGGCCUGGAGGAGACACGUGGAAGCUGCUGCUGUGGACACACCCACUGACACACACUAACACACUGCAUCUCCUCUCCUCCUCCUCCUCUCCUCUCCUCUC